AUAACCCACCCAAAAACCAACAGAUAGAAAUCUCCUCUCCCCUCUCUCUGCGAUUCCUCUCUCUCCGAAACCCUAUCGCUCCUCGCAAGCGCGAGCGAGAGCGAUCUCAAACGCCAAACUCCUCCUCCGACAGCGAACAAGCCUCCUCUAAGCGCCGCCGCGUCAGUGAUCUCGCCGUCGAGGUCUGCAAAGAGUUCACUCGAAACUCUUGCAAGCGAUCCGAGACCGACUGCAAGUUCUCUCACCCUCACUCCGCCGUCGCCGUCGUCAAGCAAAUGAUGGCGUCUUCGGAUGAUGAGGAGGAGCUCGUGCCACAAUCGGUGACAAACUAUUAUUUUGUAGAUGCAGAGGAAGCACCCAUCUCAUUUGCAACCUUGUCCAUCAUGUUCGAUGGCGAAGAGAAGCCAAACGCUUCUAAAGGACAGGUAUUCUUACAUGGAACUGGAGAUGAGGGGCUUCAAAAAAUCUAUAAGCAGGUCGUUGCAUGGAAGCUCGGACUCGAAGAUGCACAGCCUGAACUGACGGUGCUUACGAAGGAUAACAGAUGGAUUAAGCUUUUGAAACCGAGGAAGAGCUAUGAAGCAUCCAUUAGAACCAUUUUGAUCACUGCCCAGCUGCUUCAUUUUCUGAGGAGGAAACCCGAGUCGUCGGAGAAGAGCCUUUGGGAUCACUUGGGAAAAAUUUUCAGUUCAUUUGAGGAUCGGCCUUCUGUCAAUGACCUCCUAGAUCAUUAUCCAGAAAUUAAGCUGCUUGUAGAGAGGGAUGCUGCAUUGGCAAAAUCUCAGGUAUUACAGAUGUUACUUAAGGAGAGACCGAGGAAGAAAACUCUUGGUGUGCAGGACCUUCAAAGUGAUUCAGAUUCAAAGAAAUCAUUUAUUGUUGACAAUGACCUUGAGGAGGAUAUGGGAAAUGAUGAUGGAGACGAAUCUGAGGAGGAAGAAAUAUUUGAUUCAGUUUGUGCCAUUUGUGACAAUGGUGGGGAAAUUUUGUGUUGUGAGGGGCGAUGCAUGAGAUCCUUCCAUGCAACGAAAGAGGACGGCGAAGAUACAGAUUGUAAAUCUCUUGGCUUAUCAAGGGCCCAAGUUCAGGCCAUGCAAUCCUUUUUAUGCAAAAAUUGCAAGUAUAAACAACACCAGUGUUUUGUCUGUGGGAAACUAGGCUCGUCUGAUAAGUUCGCUGGUGCAGAGGUUUUCUCCUGUGUUAAUGCAACUUGUGGUCGCUUCUACCACCCAAAAUGUGUAGCAGACUUAUUGUUCCAGGAGAAUAAAGCAGAAGCAGCAGAGUACGAGGACAAGGUUGCUGCCGGGGAAUCAUUUACUUGUCCGGUUCAUAAAUGUCAUGUUUGUAAACAAGGAGAAAACAAAGAGGUAAAGGAGUUGCAGUUUGCAAUGUGCAGGCGUUGCCCAAAGUCAUAUCACAGGAAGUGUCUGCCUAGGAGAAUUGCCUUCGACGAUAUAGAAGAAGAAGGAAUUAUACAGAGAGCAUGGGAGGGCCUGCUUCCUCAUCGCAUCUUGAUAUACUGCCUGAAGCAUAAGAUUGAUGAAGAUCUUGGCACUCCUAUAAGAAAUCAUAUUGUUUUCCCACAAAUUCCUGAAAGGAGCAAGCCUGCAGAUGUGCAGAAAAAUAAAAGGAAAGUCCUGGUGAAGAAGAUUAAGCAGGCUGGAGAAAAGCUUUCCCAAGAACGACCCACUAUAAAAUCUGUAAAUGCAACUAGGAAACUUUCCAGGUCAGAGGAGAAUCGGCAUGUUGCAAGAACUAGUAUUACGCAGGAAGUGCUCAACUUCCAAAAGCAGUUGAAACCCUCAAAAGUCAGUGCAGAACCUGGAUUACGAAAAUCUGAUGGAACUGCACAAUUGGUCAGUAAGAAGUCCCCAAAGGAAAAACCAAAGGCUCUACCAGCUACUGUUUCUUCAGCAUCCACUGGAAAAGUGGUCAGUAGUUCAUACCCUAAGAUUGAUGUUGAAACGGAGAAGAAGAUGAUUGCUUUCAUGGAAAAUUCAACAUCUUCUCUCACAUUGGAAGGAAUUGCAAAGAAGCUCACAGUGCCAUCAACUCAUUCAACCACAUCAAGGAAUGUUGACAAGGGUAUCACUCUGGGCAAGGUUGAGCGCUCUGUUGAGGCUGUCAAAGCAGCUUUGCGUAAAUUAGAAGAUGGCGGCAAAGUGGAGGAUGCUAAGGCUGUCUGUGAACCUGGUGUUCUUAAGCAGUUGAUGAGAUGGAAUGACAAACUAAAAGUUUAUCUUGCACCUUUCCUUCAUGGAAUGCGCUACACAUCGUUUGGCCGUCAUUUCACAAAAGUUGAUAAGCUCAAGGAGAUUGUAGAUAGGCUUCAAUGGUAUGUGAAAGAUGGUGAUACGAUUGUUGAUUUCUGCUGCGGCGCUAAUGAUUUCAGCCAAUUAAUGAAAGAAAAGCUUGAUGCAACAGGAAAGAAAUGUUCAUUUAAAAAUUAUGACGUCAUUCAACCGAAGAAUGACUUUAACUUUGAGAAAAGAGACUGGAUGACAGUACACCCUAAAGAAUUGCCCACUGGAUCACAGCUGAUCAUGGGUCUUAAUCCUCCGUUUGGGGUUAGGGCUGCACUUGCUAAUAAGUUCAUUGAAAAGGCGCUAACUUUCAAGCCGAAGCUUCUUAUUCUCAUUGUUCCCCCGGAAACAGAAAGACUAGAUCGGAAAAGACCACCAUAUGAUCUAAUCUGGGAGGAUAGUGAAAGCCUAGCUGGAAAGUCCUUUUACUUGCCUGGAUCUGUUGAUGUGAAUGAUAUGCAAAUGGAUCAAUGGAAUUUUAAAGCACCGCCGCUGUACCUGUGGAGCCGGCCAGACUGGACAGCGAAGCAUAAGGCCAUAGCAUCGAAGCAAGGACACACAUCCCAUUUCCAGAGUGAGACACAUGGUGAAGAGGUAUCUCGAGCACAAAGAUUAGAUGUUCACCCAACAACGGAACAUAUCUCUGAAAGACAGGGAAAUAAAGAAGAUACUACUGUGAAAGUGUCUCCUAGAGAAAGACAUGAAAAUAAAGGAGAUACUACUAAGAAAGUGAGUCCUAGAGAAGAAAAUAACAUGAAGAUUGCAGCAGAAAGCAGAAAGAGAAGUUCCCCAGAAACUAUCACUCGCAUGUCUAACAAAACAAAAAAAAGAAAGAGAAAGGAACAGCAGGAAACAAAGAGAAAGGAACAGCAGGAAACAAAGAGAAAGGAACAGGAUGAAGCAAAGAGAAAGGAACCUGAGGCCUAUGAUAAUAGGAAAGAUGGUGAACUUUCUGACAUGAGCAUUUCACCUCCGCGUGAAAGAGACUCAGGCAAAGACGUGGUUAAGGGUCAGCAGCUUCCUUUGGAAGCAUUUGAAGCUCAAAGAGAAUGCUUUCAAACAACUACCCUAAGCUACCAAAUACCAAGUUCUCAGCAGCUUCCUUUGGAAGCAUAUGAAGCUCAAAGAGAAUGCUUUCAAACAUCAACCCUAAGCCACCAAAUACCAAGUUCUGUUGUUGAAGAGGAGAUCAAUGAUAUUGCAAGGAGGUAUGGUGCCCCAUUCAAUAGAGAUUGGUCUGAUGAUAGGAUGAGGAAUCUAGAUUACCCAAUACGGAAAUCAGAGGAAAGAUAUCCAGGCUACAACAAUUUAGACACUUUGAAUAGAAACUCCUAUAUCAAUGGUGACUAUGGGAGAUCAUUUGAUGGGGAUACAAGGAUGCCACAAUCGAGGACUUAUACUUUACCAGGAGAAAAUGACUAUAAUCAAGUUCGAUUAGGGCAAACAAAUAUUUUGCCAUCAACCUCUUAUGGAUUAUCAAGUUCUAUGCAUGGAUCUGUAACACAGAGGUAUGCUCCCCAGCUUGAUGAAAUGAACCACUCGAGGGCCUCUGGGAUUCCUGGUGGCAGGGGUAACAUUUAUGACAUGCAACCUCCCGAUCAGUUUGGAUUUGCAUCAGGACCUCCUCACCAAUAUCGACACCAUAACUCAGGUGGCUGGCUUGACGACUGAGUCAAAUGAUCUUCUCAGGAGGCAACUGAAAGCAUGAGACAACCCUAGUUUUUGGCAAAGUUUGGCUUCUUGGGGGUUUGGGCUGAUUUUUGGUGCUUAUGUUGCUUGAUGUGUAUGAAUAUGCUGAAUGUCAUCUAGUUUUGUACACAGCUUUCACUGCUUGCUUAAUCUGGAUUGAGUAUUAAGCACGAGCUUACGUUCUGCAGCUGAGAAUUUGAAUCGUAAGGGUGGCGUUUUAUGCAUAUCAGGGUUCCAAUGUUGUACAGAUUGAAGAUAAGAAAAACAUUUCAUAUCAUUUGCUUAGUUUGUGUUUGUUGGUAUCUUUGUGAGGUGAGGUUUGCUACUUUAUUGGUUUUCAACUUA